AGUGCGACGAGGUCGCGAGCUUCCGGGUGAGAGGUCGCGGCGCCGUGAACACGCGGAGGAGGCGGAGCCAUGGCCGCCACCGCAGCAGCGGAGCUGAAGAGCGUGGAGGAGCGACGUCUCGACCUCGCCCCGGCAUCCCUCCCGGAGGAGCUCUCCUUCUCUGUGCUCCAGACGGGAUGUGCGGGGGAGUUCCGCGCGGUGCUCGCAACCCACAGCCCGGCUCCCGCUCAGCUGGGACCUCCGCUCUCCACCCUCCCCCAUGGCGUUCCACCCCACGCCGAGGACCUGCGGGAGCUGCUGCAGAGGGAGCUGCUGUCGGCGGAGCACCUGCCCAUCCACGACUUCCAGCGCCUGCAACACUUCUGGCCGCGCGUGGGGCAAGCCGACUCGCUCUACCACGUGGACACGGGCCCCGCCCCGACCACCGUCCGCGUGGAGCGCAACCCAACCACGGGGGAGCUGCUGGCCUACACCGAGGUGCUAGUGGAGGACACGGGGCUGUCGUCCAAGAAUUCGCUGUCCUUCCGUCGUCCACCCGGACCCCCGUCGGAGGCUCUCAGGGGCAGCAACACCAACUUCCCGUUCUGGCCCGGAGGGAUGGAUGAGCCGACGGUGGAGGCCAUGAGCGAGCGAAGCGCAGCGGAGGAGGAGCUCGACUUUGAGAAUGACCUCCUCACGGUGCCACCCGGGAUGAAGAGAGGCAUGGAGUUCAACAAACCAGAUCGCCCCGUCCCGCGCGGCAUCGUGAGCCUCGCCGCCAUCCAGCAGGGCCUCGACGAGUUCGACCUGGGAGGCCCCAGCGACGACGACGACGACGACAAGGAGGAGGAGGAAGAAAACGCGUCGACCAAGAAGAAGCAGGAGGAACGGAGGGACCCGACGAAGGGCGGCGCGGCCAGCAAGAGGAGAGAGCGCCAACCCCGGGUGGGAGAGAAGAAACGACAGCAGCGGACGCCGCAGUCGUCCAAGCCGGCCUUCAAGCGCUCCAACAGCCUCGAGGGCCUAGGAGUUCAGGAGUCCGUGCCUGAGGGAAAGGCCGGGGCCGUGGGGGCUGUACCACCCUCACCCCUGGUGGUGGCAGGGGGGGGGAAGGAAGAGGAGGAGCGCUGGGCCAUCCCCUUGGACGUGAGCACGCCCGUGCCCGACUUCCACAAGCGGGUGCCCAACCCGGCGUUCAAGUGGCCCUUUGAGCUGGACACGUUUCAGAAGCAGGCGAUCCUGCGGCUGGAGAACCACGAGUCGGUGUUCGUAGCGGCGCACACGUCGGCCGGCAAGACGGUGGUGGCCGAGUACGCCAUCGCGCUGUCGCAGCGCAACAUGACGCGGACCAUCUACACGUCGCCAAUCAAGGCGCUGUCCAACCAGAAGUUCCGCGACUUCAAGGCGACGUUCAAGGAUGUGGGGCUCCUCACGGGAGACGUGCAGCUGCACCCCGAGGCCUCCUGCCUCAUCAUGACCACCGAGAUCCUGCGCUCCAUGCUGUACAAUGGCUCGGACGUGAUCCGCGACCUGGAGUGGGUGAUCUUUGAUGAGGUUCACUACGUUAACGACGCUGAGAGAGGCGUGGUGUGGGAGGAAGUGCUCAUCAUGCUGCCGGAACAUGUCAACCUCAUCCUGCUGAGCGCCACCGUCCCCAACACGCUGGAGUUUGCCGAUUGGAUCGGCCGCACCAAGCGCAAGAAGGUUUACGUGGUGAGCACGGCCAAGCGGCCGGUGCCCCUGGAGCACUUCCUGUACACGGGCAACAGCCAGAAGACGCAGGGGGAGCUCUUCCUGCUGCUCAACUCGGCGGGGACGUUCGCGACGCGGGCACACGCGGACGCCGUCGAGGCGAAGCGCGAGCGCACGAGCAAGCACGCGCAGAGCUUCGGGGCCAAGCAGCCCGUGCAAGGCGGCGGGCCCAAGCAGGACAAGGGCGUGUGGCUGUCGCUGCUGGACAGCCUGCGGCGGCGGGACCAGCUGCCCGUGGUGGCGUUCACGUUCUCGCGCAACCGCUGCGACGAGACGGCGUCGGGCCUCACCACGCUGGCGCUCACCACCGCCGCCGAGCAGAGCGAGAUCCACGUCUUCUUCCGCAAGUGCAUCUCCCGCCUCAAGGGCACCGACCGCAGCCUGCCGCAGGUGCUGCAGAUGGAGAUGCUGCUGAAGAGAGGCGUCGGAGUGCAUCACAGCGGCAUCCUGCCCAUCCUCAAGGAGGUGGUGGAGAUGCUGUUCUCGCGGGGACUCGUCAAGGUGCUGUUCGCCACGGAGACGUUUGCGAUGGGCGUGAACAUGCCGGCCCGCACCGUGGUCUUCGACUCGAUCCGCAAGCACGACGGCACCAACUUCCGAGACCUCUCCCCGGGAGAGUACAUCCAGAUGGCGGGGCGCGCGGGCAGACGCGGACUCGACACCACGGGCAUGGUGAUCAUCCUGUGCAAGAUGGGCGUGCCGGAGAUGUCCGACCUGCACAAGAUGAUGCUGGGCAAGCCCACGAAGUUGGAGUCUCAGUUCCGCCUCACGUACACCAUGAUCCUGAACCUGCUGCGCGUGGAGGCGAUCCGCGUGGAGGACAUGAUGAAGAGGAGCUUCUCCGAGUUCCACACGCGCAAGGACGCCAAGGAGCACGAGCACAGGGUGCGGCACCUCUCAGCGCGGCUCUCUGGGAUGGCGGAGGCCGACUGCUCGGGCCAGCUGUCGGACCUGCCCGAGUACCACGCUUGCGCCCGCCAGUUCGUGGAGCUGCGCUGCGAGGCGCUGCGCGGCGCCGCCGCCACCUCCGCCGGCGCCCGCGCCCUCUUGCCGGGCCGCGUGGUGGUCGCCAACUCGUCCCGCGCGCCCAACUCGCUCGCCGUGCUGCUGCAGGUGUCCACGGAGGCCGGCGGUUCGAGGUCGUACACAGCGCUCGUGCUCUGCGAGCAGAAGCUGGCGGCCGAGGGAGGGGGGGCAGCCCCCCCCCGCCCUCCUCCGCCCCCUCCGGCGCCGACUCCGGACCACCUGCUGGCCACCAAAGUGUUCGUGCCCGAAGGGGCGUGCGGUCACUCGGUGGAGAAGCUGCGAAUCGACGACAUCGUCGUGAUCGCCGACCGCGCGCUGAAGAUCAGCCCCGAGAAAAUCAUCGACGACUUCAACAAGAGGCAGAUCCCGCGAUUCAGGAGCGACCCGCCCGGCCAGUCGGUAACCACGGCGACGCAGGAGCUGAUGCGUUUGGCGGAGGCGGCGGCUGCCGGUGGCGGCGGCAGUGGGGCCCUGAGGCCCCUGGACCCCGUGAACGACCUCCACGCCAAGGAGGCCGGCGCGGUGGAGGCGAGCAUGCGGGCACGCGUCCUCGCUGAGAGGAUCCCGCACUUCACCUGCACGGCCAGCCCCAAGUUCCAGUCGCAGUACGCUCGCAUGGAGGAGCGGUCGCGCGUUGAGAGGGAGCUCUCGCAUGUCAAGUUCCUCAUGUCCGACCAGAGCCUGCACCUCCUGCCCGAGUACCACCAGCGCAUCCAGGUGCUGAAGCAGCUGGGCUACCUGGACGAGUCGUGCGCCGUGCAGCUCAAGGGCCGCGUGGCGUGCGAGGUGAGCAGCCACGAGCUGCUCGUCACCGAGCUCGUGUUUGAGAACGCGCUGUCCGAGCUGGCGCCGGAGGAGAUUGCCGCGCUGCUCUCUUGCCUCGUGUUCCAGCAGAAGACGCGCACGGAGCCCACGCUCACGCCCACACUCAAGCAGGGCGUGGAGCGAAUCCGCGGCGUGGCGGAACGCAUCGCCCUGCUGCAGCGUGAGUGUGGCAUCUCGGAGUCGGUGGAGGAUUUUGUGGAUCAGUACAAGUUCGGCCUGGUCGAGGUCGUGUACGAGUGGGCCCGCGGCAUGCCGUUUGCGGAGAUUGCGCGGCUCACGGACGUGCAGGAGGGGGUGGUGGUGCGCUGCGUCCAGCGGCUGCACGAGGCGUGCCGGGACGUGCGGGGAGCGGCGCGCGUCAUCGGGGAUCCCAUCCUGCGCGACAAGAUGGAGCGGGCGUCGGACGCCAUCAAGCGCGAUAUCGUGUUCGCCGCCAGCCUCUACACGCAGUGACCCUGCGCUGCUGCUGCUGCUGCCGCCGUUGCAUCAUGUAUCAUAUUCCCCCAACCACACAUCCCACUUUCUCCAACUUUUGCAUUUAAUUGGAAUUUGUUUUGCCCUUAUCCUUUCCAGAUGAUGCGAUGGUGCGGACGCCGCGCUUAUUGUCUUGAGAUAUUGUCCACAUUUGGACGCUUUACAAAAAUGUAAUUUUCUGUAAAUGUUCAUCGCCCCUUCUGCCCCCCCCCCCCCUCCUCUUGCGGCUUUGCGAUUUUUGACUUCCACCAUCAUCGCCCAUCCUAUCUGAGGGCCGCCGGGC